AUGACUGACCAGGAGGUCACUUACACAACUCUGAGAUUUCAUAAGACUUCAGGGUUGCAGAACCCAGUGAGGCUUGAGGAGACUCAAAGGCCCAGAGAUGUGGGCCAUAGAGAGUGUUCAGUCCCCUGGAAGCUCAUUGUGAUAAUUCUUGGAAUCCUCUGUUUCCUUCUACUGGUAACUGUUGCAGUGUUGGUGAGACACAUUUUCCGGUAUGGACAAGAGAAACAUGAACAGGAGAAAACCCUAAAUAACCUCUGUCAAGAGUACCACGUCAUGAAAAAUGACAGCUCCUUAAUGGAAGAAAUGUUAAGAAAUAAGUCUUCGGAGUGUAAGGCCCUCAAUGAUAGUCUGCACUCCCUCAACAGAGAACAGAACAGAUGCCUCAGGAAAACCAGGAUUGUUUUAGAUUGCUCACAGAACAAAGACAAACAAGUGGAAGGACACUGGUUCUGCUGUGGCACGAAAUGCUAUUAUUUCAUCAUGGACAAUCAACCGUGGAAUGGAUGUAAACAGAUAUGCCAGGCUUGCAACUUAUUUCUUUUGAAGAUAGAUGAUGAGGAUGAAUUGAAGUUCCUUAAACCCCAACUUCAAGGAAACAUAUACUGGAUUGCAUUGACAUAUGAUAAAAGCAAAGAGAAAUCGCAACGGAUUGACAAUGGACCACCUAAACUGGCUCAAGAAGAGCAAAUUUUCAUUGAAGAUUUAUCCCUUUGCCAUCUCAUCCCUGUGGAGUUCUGUGUAUUCUUUCCCUGGUUCAUUUUCUCUGACAUAGAUUGUCAUGAUUCAGCAGCAAGGAAUUCAGUACAUAACAGAAAAAAGUGUACAUAUCUAAGUUCAUUUUAUAUACAAGAGGAUGACUGUGCUAGAACCCAUGGUUGUAUUUGUGAAAAGAGAUUGAGUAAAUUCCCUAUUCCAGGAAGCUGUGUCAAGGGAAGAACUCAAACUGCUCUGCAGAGUGAUGAGGAGCAAAGUGAAGAAAUGUUCUGACAUCUGACUUA